AUGAAUAAAAAGUUGAGACAGUAUCAGUAUUAUGUCGAAAAAAAGCGGCGAAAUCUUCAUAUAGCAGCAUUAUUUGGUGUUAUUAUCCAGAGCUAUAUUAAAACUUCAGCUCGAGACAUUUGGGUGAAACCUUGGGUGGCUCGAAGGAAAGAUCAUGGUCAUCAUCACAAUCUUUUUCUGGAACUAUCUUUAAAAGAUCCAAACAAAUUUCGCAGGUGCCUUCGAAUGGACACAAAUACAUUCGAGUUUUUGGUUCAAAAAGUUACUCUUUUGAUUCAGAGACAAAACACACACUUGCGGGAAUGUAUCUCACCUGCUGAAAGGUUGUCAGUCACAUUGCGACAUUUAGCUACGGGUGAGACACAGCAGUCUUUAUCACUCAGCUUUCGUCUGGGGCAAAGUACCAUUUCUGGUAUUAUCAGAGACACCUGUUCUGCUCUAAUCAGAGUCCUACAGGUGGAUUAUUUAAAGUUUCCAUGUAGCGAAGAAGAAUGGAGAGUUGUGGCUACUGAUUUUGGAGAGAGGUGGAAUUUUUUUAAUUGUAUCGGAGCCUUGGAUGGCAAACAUGUGCUAAUUGAUCCACCUCAAAAAUCUGGCUCACUUUAUUAUAACUAUAAAAAUAAUUAUAGUAUUGUGCUGCUGGCAUUGAUUGAUGCCCAGCUACGUUUUAUUUACGUGGAUGUAGGCACUAAUGGCCGCAUUAGUGAUUCCGGCAUUUGGAACAAGUCUACUCUGAAAGCUCACAUUGACAACAAUUCAUUGAAAAUCCCUCCUGCAGCACCUUUGCUCGGUACAGAAACUGAGUUUCCCUUUGUCAUUGUGGGUGAUGAGGGAUUUCCACUAUCUACGAACAUACUCAUACCUUACCCUGGGGCUUCAUGCACUGGACGUAUUGAUAGGAGAAUAUUUAACUAUAGGCUGUCAAGAGCUCGCAGAUGCUCCGAAAAUGCUUUUGGGGUUAUGGCAGCUCGUUUUCAGAUAUUUCGAAGUCCAAUGAGGUACGACCCCCACUGUGCAAAGGAGAUCGUUCUUGUAUGCUGUUGCUUGCACAAUAUGCUGCGGUCUCAAGUCGUUGGGCGAGCAAUGUAUACCCCAUCUAUCUUCCUCGAUAAAGAGGAUGUAUUUGGAGGCGAAAUGAGGCUUGGAGAUUGGCGUAAUGAGUCAGUACAAGGCAUUGUAAACUUUGUUCAUCAAGGUGGAAACAGACAUUCCAAUCCAGCCUUGCAAUUAAGAGAUAUGUGGUGUGCAUAUUUUAAUACAGUGAGAGCUGUACCGUGGCAGAUGCAAAUGAUUCAUUCUUAA